AUGGAUCGGACAGAUACAAACCCAUUGCACUUGCCUCGGAUUUUAUGUUUACAUGGCGGUGGUAGCAAUGCUCGAAUAUUCAAGGCGCAAUGUCGAGUACUUGAAAGAUUCCUUCAAACCAGAUUCCGCUUAUGCUACGCAGAAGGUCCAUUUUCUUCUCAUCCGGGUCCUGACGUUACUCUUGUCUACAAGGACUUUGGAGACUUUCGGACUUGGAUACGAUGGCAAUCGGACAACAACCUGAAAGCGGAUAAUGGAAGCGUUGUUGCUCCCAUCGUGGCCUCCAUAAGUGCUGCGAUGGCUAAUGAUACGGCUCAGGGUGCGACCGGCGAAUGGGUUGGUCUAAUGGGAUUCAGUCAGGGCGCAAAGAUCUGUGCUAGUAUUCUACUUGCUCAACAAGUUGGUACCUUGCGAUUCUACGAUAAUGGAGAGAUCGACUUCCGGUUCGGGGUUCUAUUGGCAGGUCGAGGCCCGCUACUAUCAAUCAAACUGAAGCACAGAGCUCUGCCGCAAGAUUUUGAGACGUACUCUAUUCAGCCACUCAUACAGAUUCCAACACUACAUGUGCAUGGACUGCGAGACCCAGGAUUAGACUACCAUCAAGGCUUGCUGAAAGAGUGUUUUGACCCGUCUUACACUAGAUUGGUGGAAUGGGAUGGAGAACAUCGAGUACCAAUUAAAACAAAGGAUGUCACCGCCGUCACAGGUGCAAUCUUUGCUAUGGCAUUAGACUUGGGCAUUUGUUUAGAUUAA